CCUGAGAGCGCCAGAAACCAAGCUUGAGCGGGUGAUGCUGGAGUCUCCCCUGGGCACUGGCAGUGUUGAAAUUCCACCAGCGGUGCAGGUAGCUGGGGGAAUGACUCCUAACUUACUUUAAAAGAGGGAAAAUUAGCUACUAUGAUAGUUUGACGAUCGUCUUCAACUGGAUCGAGUCGCAGCGAGACACUUUGGUUGACGGUGACACAAAAACAGCGAAAAGAUUUCCCCAAGAUGGAAGUCCAAUGUCUUGCACUUAAGGACCUCACAAGUCCGAGGAAAAGUUCCCCUGAGGGGGAUGGGGCUCGAAGGGAACAAAAGGAAAAUAUAUGCACAGUGAGGAGGAGAGGCACGCCGAUGAAGUGUGCCGAGUCCUGCACCCCCGUUUUGAAGAGGAGAGGUGACACCCCUGACCUGGAUCACGUCACCCCCAUCAAACACACUGUCACGGCCGAGCCUUGGACCCCCACGGCCAACCUGAAGAUGCUCAUCAGCGCAGCCAGUCCUGACAUGAGAAAUCGUGAGAUGAAGGAGAAAAAAGUACUCUUUAGACCCAUUGAGAAUGAAUCGGAAAGUGCACAUGGUGGCCAGGUAUGGGGUUCUGUUUACCAACUCAACACGAGCCUGCAGCAGAGCCUGGAAUGUGUCAUUAGUUUGUUUUUUGUUUUACAGUUUGAAGCAGCAGUAGAUGAGGAUGCAGAUAAGAAGCCGAGCAGGAAGCAGAAGAGUUUGGGUCUGCUGUGCCAGAAGUUCCUGGCCCUCUACCCAGAUUAUCCACCCUCAGACAAACCUAUCUCCAUCUCAUUGGACGAGGUGGCCACCAGUCUGGGAAUGGAGCGGCGGCGCAUCUACGAUAUUGUCAACGUGCUGGAGUCCCUCAUGAUCGUAGGACGAAUGGAGAAGAACAGCUACACCUGGUACGGGCGCCUGAGGCUGGAGGCCACGCUGGAAGAUUUGCAGCAACGGGGACGCCAGCAGGGCUACCACCUUCACAUGGAGAACGCCACUGUGGCUGGCAGGGAGGCGGGGCCGAAUCAUGAGAGCGACGGCGGGGAGGACGACAACAGCCACGCUGCCGGCAACAGGAAAGACAAAUCUCUGCGCAUCAUGAGCCAAAAAUUCGUCAUGUUGUUCCUGGUGUCUAAGACCCAAACUGUCACUCUGGAAGUGGCGGCCAAAGUUCUCAUCGAGGAGAGUCAGGACUCCUCCAGUCACAGCAAGUACAAAACCAAGGUGAGGCGACUUUACGACAUUGCCAACGUGUUGACCAGCCUGGGUCUCAUAAAGAAGAUGCAUGUUCGAGAGGAGCGAGGCAGGAAGCCAGCUUUCAGGUGGCUUGGACCUGUCAAAUUUAAGAAAUCAAGAAAUUCUGCAGAGACUGCCAUGAGCGUUGCGCCACUCAAAGCCUGCAAGUCAAUAGCGGGCCAGGACCUCAAAAAAGCCAAGCUAGUACGCCACUCCUCCUUCAGCAUCACCCCGACAUCUGUGGUCACCCAGCGGCAGGCCAGCUCAGCGCCCAGCAGCCCAGGCAGGUGGGAAAGAACAGGAAUUGCUCAUCAGCCGGUGGAUUAUUCCAAAAAGACGGACACCAACGAGGCUGUCUGCAGGUUUCAGUUUGGAAACCCCAAAGGAAACAGCAGCACAUUGCCUCAGUCCUCCCCUCAGACCACCCUGAUGGUGCCCACCGUGCACCCGGAGCAGCUAGUCACCCUCUCCUCGUCACCUCAAUGCCUGGCCUACCUCCCCAGUCUGUCCCAGCCCUCUGUGGUCAUGCUGUACAACCCGCCCAACAGGAGCACUGCAGAGGGGCCAGCAGAGGCUCAGAGCUUGCCCAGCUUGGAAUGUGAGCAAGGGCGGAAAAGAAGAAGGGAUAUAGUCACGGAAGAGGAGGUGGUGGCAGUGAAGAGAAGCCCAUCGGGGCUAGAGCAAAGAGAUGAGAAAGCAGAAGGUCAAAGCAGCGUGUGCACAUCAGCAUCAGAUGAGAGCAUCACCAGCACCAGCCAGCCAUCACACUACCUCUACAUACCAAACAAUGCAGGUCUGAAAAGCCUCAACCUCCUCCUCCCCUCUGGCCAGCCACCAGCCCAUCUCCCGCUCCGCCCUGGCACCAUCUCUCCCAUGGCGCUGCCCUACAUCCUGGUGCCUUCAUCCGCCUUCUCCCAGUACCCUCUACUGGCCGGCGGGCGACCGCAGCAAGGUGCCGACCCCAAAGUGAGUUUCAACCUGUCCGCCCACCUUAUGAUGGCGGCGGCGCCCUACAACGUAGCGGCGGCACCAGAUGUGGGCCAGGUGUCGCCCGUUUCUCCGCCUUCUACGCCAGAGCAAAGCAGGAAGGGCUGCUCGGGAGUGUCGUUCCCGUAUUCUCCACCGGGACAUCGGCAAGCUGCCUGUGCGACUACACCGCUACCACUGACUCCACACACUCCAAAGGAAAUCCCAGCACCUCCCUCAAAAGCUUUCUUCCAGACCCCUGGCACAGUAAUGGAUGGCACCAGCGCAACACCUGCAGCCCGAAAGCGGGGCUCAGCACAGCGGAGACUUGACAUCAGCCACCCAUCCACCUGUUAGCCAUCAGAUGCUAACAUUGAGCAAUCAGGUUGUACCAUUAAAAGUUAGUGAGGGUUUGUUUUCCCAAAAGAAGGACAUCUUAGCAUGCAAAAAUUUAUUUAGCAGGCCAAGAUGCCUUAUUGACCUUUUAAAAAUGGCCUCAAAAUUAAAAACAGGGAAGCCAUGCUCCUCCUAGUAAAACGGUGUCAUCCUGUGGUCAGAGUUUGCCACUACAAGCCUUAAGUCCCUCUCCUGAAUUGACAUCUACCUACCUAAUCCCCAUCAUAUGCUUAAAUCAUCCCUAUUUAUAUGUUUUAGAUAAUAUAUAUUAAUUACAAUGACUGUAAUGGAAGCACUAAGUGUAUGAUUUUGUGGCGGUUGUCUUCAUUGGGCCACAUUAGCAAGCUAUUGUAAUAGUUAUGUUUCAUUGGCUGAUUUUAUUUUAAACAUUAACUGUGAAGCUCACUUAAACCUGUUUACAGCCUCUGCGUGUUCUACAUCAAUAACCGUAAUGUAUUAUGGUGCGAUGAUGCAUUCAGGUACUUGAAUUCUUGCGAUUUUAUAUUGGCGAGAAAUUAAAGUACUGUUUAAAAAAAAAAAAAAUCCACUGAACUCAGCUGGUGCAUUUGUGGAAUAAGUGCCUUUAAUGUUAAUUUUCUUCAGGUUAUUUAGGGAGUUGUUGUGGUAACGUACCUCCUCUUUGCCAAAAUAACGGUGCUGUGUGCUGAUGAACUCACAUUGAACCAUUCAGGAGAACUAUGCCACACCAAAGUGUGCACAGAUAACCAACUAAUAUGCGUUCAUUAUUUUUUUGACAUGGCGUCAGUGUUGUUCAAUGCUGUCAUAUUUUACAGUUUGUUAAAUUCUCAUCGUACUGUUUUUAUGAGGUUUAUUGCACUGCUAGAUAUGUGUCCAGCUCUUGUAUAAAAAAUAUUUACCAUCUGACUGUAAUUGUGGUCCAGAUUAAUUUGUUACCAUUGACUGUCACCAACUUUAAUAAAAUAAG